CCCCUUCUUCUUUUCUCUCAUCCCCCCUUUUCCACUGUCACGCACACCACCAAAAGCAAACCAAACCCAACCCCAACUCCCUUUCCCCUUCAUUUUAGGUAUGCUUUUCCUCCCUUCAUCUUGCUCUUCUUUCAUUUCUUCUGGUUUUGGCUUCUGGGGUUGCGUUUUCUCCCCCACGGAUCUGUUCUUUGCACUGAAGAAGAAGCUUGUGGGUUUCCAUUUCAAGAUCUGGGGUUUCCUUGUUACCCUUUGAAUCUUCUGUUUCUUCUAUGUUGUUUCAUCUCUAUAUAUAUAUAUAUAUAUAUUUCAUUUUGAUGCAGUUUUCAGGUCAUCAUUCGAAGGCAGGAGUGUUCUUCAUAUUGUGUGCUGCUCGAUGAAUUUUCUCAAAUCUGAUUUGCUUUAAUCCAACUCUUUCUUACCUCUAAUGGCCUCAAAAUCGGCUUCCAAACCUUCUGCAACUGAUCCACUUAUCUCUGGAGAUGUAUUGAACUCCACGCAGAGAUCCUUGAAUCAGUGUACUUUGAGUGAUUCAUCAAGCACCAAAGAGAUCACAUUGACCCAGCGAGAUCCUGCGCUUACCGGGACUCGGGGUGUAGCAGAGGACUCUGUGGAACCUGAAAAGAAGACAUCAGAAUGUGAGAGUGGGAAGGAUACGAACAGUGUUGCUAAGAGCAGUGGAAGUGGUAAGAUUAGUAACUGUGUGGAGAUGGUUGAGAGUGGGAAGAGCAGCGUGUGUCGGGGUAGCACGAGCAGCGAUAUCAGCGAUGAAAGCAGCUGUAGCAGCUUUAGUAGUAGCAUCAGUAAGCCUCACAAGUCGAAUGACUUGAGAUGGGAGGCCAUCCAAGCUGUCCGUGCAAGGGAUGGGAUUUUGGGAUUAGGCCAUUUUAGACUGUUGAAGAGACUAGGUUGUGGCGAUAUCGGAAGCGUCUACUUGUCGGAGUUGAGCGGUACUAAAUGUUACUUUGCAAUGAAGGUCAUGGAUAAAGGGUCUCUAGCGAGUCGAAAGAAGUUGCUUCGUGCUCAGACCGAACGAGAAAUACUGCAAUCUCUUGAUCAUCCAUUCCUGCCUACAUUGUAUACUCAUUUCGAAACUGAUAAGUUCUCAUGCUUGGUGAUGGAGUUCUGCCCUGGGGGAGACUUGCACACUCUAAGGCAGAGACAGCCCGGGAAGCAUUUUCCCGAACAGGCCGUGAAAUUUUAUGUAGCAGAGGUCCUCCUAGCACUUGAGUAUCUUCACAUGCUCGGGAUCAUAUACCGGGACCUUAAGCCCGAGAAUGUUCUCGUGAGGGAGGACGGACACAUAAUGCUUUCAGAUUUUGAUCUUUCCUUAAGAUGUGCUGUUAGUCCAACGUUGGUUAAGGGCUCAUGUUCGGAGUCCGAGGCGUUGAGAAAGAAUUCAGUUUAUUGUGCUCAACCGGCUUGUAUCCAACCUUCCUGCAUCCAGCCAUCCUGUGUAGUUCCCACCAUGUGCUUCUCUCCCAGGCUUUUCUCUAGCAAGUCAAAGAAGGAUAGGAAACCCAAGAUUGAAAUAGGAAACCAGGUAACGCCAUUGCCAGAGCUCGUUGCAGAGCCUACGGAGGCAAGGUCGAUGUCGUUCGUUGGUACACACGAGUACUUGGCGCCCGAGAUCAUUAAAGGCGAAGGUCAUGGAAGUGCUGUUGACUGGUGGACAUUUGGGAUCUUUCUAUAUGAACUGUUGUUUGGUAAAACUCCUUUUAAGGGAUCUGGGAAUCGAGCAACGUUGUUCAACGUCGUCGGUCAGCCUUUACGGUUUCCUGAAUCACCAGUUGUUAGUUUUGCUGCGAGAGAUCUCAUCAGGGGAUUGCUUGUCAAGGAACCACAGCAUAGAUUAGCUUACAAACGAGGAGCAACUGAGAUCAAACAACACCCCUUCUUUGAAGGUGUUAACUGGGCAUUGAUACGAUGCGCUUCGCCACCGGAAGUACCAAAGCCUGUCGAGAUCGAGCGGAUACCCUCACCAACACCUCCAGUCAGUGGAAAAACUGUAAUGGCCAGACCUGGCCCUGACUCCAAAUCAUCUGAUAAUUAUCUGGAGUUUGAUUUCUUUUAGUAACGACAAUACUUGUUUUUGCCUGUCAACAAUUUCAAUUUUCAGUUUGCAGAAGUAAUGGUAUGUACUUUUUGUCAUCUAAAGCUUGAGAACAGUUCACAUAA